CAAGGAAGCAGCUUGAAACCCAGGUUCACUUCGUAAUGGUUGAGGCUGUUGGGAGCGUAGCUCUGGGCUUCAGGUGCCUUAGCGCAGAGGCACCGCGCAGUGGUGCAGCUCGAAGAGCAGGGCUGCACCUCGGGGUGCUACCGCAGCCCUUCCAGGGGGCGCGGAGAGUCCCGGCGCCAGCUGCUCACGACGGGCCCUGCCCUCCUCGGCGGGGGCAGCAGAGGGCUGCGCCCCCGCCCCCGGGCCGAGCCCGCCCUCCGCGGGGUGUUCCCGCCGGCGGUGCGGCGCGCCGGGAGCGGAGGAUGCUGCUGCCGCCGCUGCUGCUGCUGUUGGCGCUGGCGGGGGGUCGGCGGGCGGCGGUGCUGCGGCUGGAGCUGCGGGGCAGCCCCCGCAGGGAGGUGAGCCCCGCUUUCCUCUCCCUCACCCUGGACGCCAGCCUGGCCCGGGACCCGCGCUAUGUCGCCUUGCUCAGCAAUCCCAAGCUGCGUGCCCUCGCAACGGCCCUGUCCCCAGGCUUCCUGAGGUUUGGUGGCACCGAAACAGAUUUUCUCAUCUUUGAUCCCAACAAGAAUUCAACUUCAGAAGAAAAAAUCAUCUGGGAACUUCAGGCCCAGCAAGAGGCUUGUGGCUCGAGGCCUGCGUUUGCUGCUGUUGAGAAGCUACUGCUGGCACAGUGGCCCAGCCAGGAGAAGCUGAUUCUUGCAGAGCAUAACUGGAAAAAACACAAAAACACCACUAUUACAAGAAAUACGCUGGAUAUUCUAUACAGCUUUGCGAACUGCUCAGGGUUUCACCUGAUCUUUGGGCUCAAUGCCUUGCUGCGGAAAGAUGGCUUGCAGUGGGACAGCUCGAAUGCCCGGGCACUACUGGACUACUGCGCCUCGCGGUGGUACAACAUCUCCUGGGAGCUCGGAAAUGAGCCCAAUAGCUUCAGGAAGAAGUCUGGCAUCUACAUUGAUGGCUUCCAGCUGGGGCAAGAUUUUAUUCACUUACGGCAACUUCUGAGUAGCUAUAUGCUCUACCGGCACACGAAGCUCUAUGGUCCUGAUGUUGGACAGCCCCGAAAGCAGACGCAGAGACUGCUGAGAAGCUUCCUGAAGUCGGGAGGGAAGGUGAUCGACUCUGUCACGUGGCACCAUUACUAUGUGAAUGGACGAAAUGCAACAAGGGAGGAUUUCUUGAGCCCUGAAGUGUUGGAUACCUUUGCCACAGCCAUACGCAAAGUCCUGGAGGUUGUUGAUGGGACCAUACCUGACAAGAAGGUCUGGCUAGGAGAGACGAGCUCUGCCUAUGGAGGGGGAGCUCCCAGGCUGUCCAACACUUAUGUUGCUGGCUUUAUGUGGUUGGAUAAACUCGGGCUUUCAGCCAGGCAGGGGAUUGACGUGGUGAUGAGACAGGUUUUCUUUGGGGCAGGGACCUAUCACCUGGUGGAUGCCAACUUUGAGCCUUUGCCGGACUACUGGCUGUCGCUGCUCUACAAGAAGCUGGUGGGUACCAAGGUGCUGCAGGUCAGUCUGACGGGAGCCGACGAGAGGAAGCUCCGCGUCUACCUCCACUGCACGAAUGCCCUUCACCCAAAGUACAGAGAAGGGGAUGUGACGCUGUUUGCCUUAAACCUCUACAACAUUACCCAACAUCUGCAGCUACCUGAUUACUUAUCAAGCAAGCACGUGGAUCAGUACCUCUUACUGCCUCAUGGCAAAGAGAGUAUACUUUCCAGGUCUACUGAGCUGAAUGGCCGUGUGCUACGGAUGGUGGAUGACAAAAUGCUGCCAGAGCUUAUCGAAAAACCCCUUGGUCCCGGCAGUGUACUUGGCCUUCCAGCCUUCUCUUACGGCUUUUAUGUUAUCAAAAAUGCCAAAGCUAUUGCUUGCAUUUAAAUGAUUAAUUCAUGCACACAGGAUAAAUGUAAAGCACUUGGCUAGUAGGGAAGUUUAAUCCUAGAAAUUUAUGUUUCUACCGUGAGAUUUAAUUCUGACGAGGGAUGCAAAUGUGGCAGCACUGCUACGAUCUGUGGGCUGAGGAAAACAUGAGGUCCUGCUGGGUAACUUAUACGUGAAAGGUGCUCAUUAAGCUCCCGGGAUAAUUAUCCGGGUACACCAAGCCCAGGCAGGGGCUGGUUUUGCUCUCUAUCCAGCCUGGUUUGCUGCACUCAAGCACAGGGCCCUUCUCCAUGCCACACAGAGCUGAAUCAGCUUCUCGCACUGUGCUUGGGGCUCUGGCAGCUGGGAACUGCAACUGCCCCUCUCCCUUUCAUUUCUGCAAGCACAGGUCCUAAAGCAGUUCCUUCAAAAGCUUGCCUUCAGAAAGGAUGAGCAGGUGUUUUAUUUUAACUGUACAGCUGUGAUUUUGCCUGCACCAUGUAGGGAAGCCUGAGGAAGGGUUGUGUUGCUGAGGACAUCUCAGGGUAGAAAGCUGGGACACACAAAGCAAACCGAGGUCAGUGUGCCUGCAGGGCAAAACGCCUUGCUGAGAAACCAGGUCCUUCAUGUGAUUUGGGGCAGCACUGCAUAUUUUUCCCAAGCUAGAAGAGUUCAGUCACAAGAUGGAGCUGUGGCCACGUGCUUUCCAAAGGCGAGGUUUUGACUCUCUGAAAUGCAGGCUGUUCCUGCAGGGUGGUCUACCUGUGCCCUCACACACUCCAUUCCUGGGACAGAGAGGAACCAAGCCCACCUGCAAACCCUCCAUGGUCAGUGGGCUGCAUGGCAGUGGCUCAAGACUCCUUAACCUUCACCACCCUGCAGGCAGGUCAGCUGGAAAGGACUUCCCUGAACCUGUUUGCAGGUGAAGCUCUGCUUUAUGCUUCCUAACUCGCUCAGGUCUCUUCUGUUCUUGAGGAAAUGGGAAAGUAAAGAGACUGAGCAAACUACCCACCUCUUGACCAUCAAGGGGAUGUCAGUGGCCUUAGAGCACCCUGGGGACAAACCUACACGGCCAGGCUGACAUCUGUCCUGCUGGGAAAACAGCCAUUUUGGCCAGAAAUCUCUUCACCCUGGCCAUGCCUUUCCUGUGAGCAGUUAAGCGAGCCUCUGGCAUGCAGGUUGCCGGUCUGCAGGGUAGCAAAAUGCCUUGGAGAAUACCUGCAGUGUCCCACACAGGUUUAUUUGCAUCUACUUUUUUUGAAGAUAUAUAACCCAUGCCCCUGUCAAUGCCUUACAAUGUUUUGAGCACAGCAGGGGAAAACAACACAUCACUGUAUUUCCCUUUUUAAGCUUUAGAAGGGUGCUACCAGCUACAUGGGGUUUCAAUGCAGGGUAAUGAGUGGAGGGAAGGGGAUGCUUUUUAAAUAAGACGACAUUAAAAACAGAUGUACUUUUGAAGCUGUGAUGAAAAAUUGCACAAUAAGAAGGUUGUAUUUAAGUUCAGUGUGUCGAAGACAUCCACAGUGCAGAUGCAUUCUAUGAAGGGUUAUGUAUCGGGGGUAAUAUAGAUCAGAAAUGAGAAUAAAGAAGGCUAGGUUUGUUUACAUUGUCCAAGUUCAUUAAAGGAAGUAAAGAGAGUGUAAAAUUGAGUGGGAAGUGUUAAAUAAAGUCCACAUAAAGUUAAUUUAUCAUUAUUAUUAUUAUUAUAUGUUACAACUAAGACAUCAAAGUUACUGUUUGCCUGGUAGCUUCUUUUUAGAACUUUUCUAACAGUUUUGCUUAUUCUAAUGCUUGUGACUUCUAUAUUUGAAGAUUUUUAAUUACAGUGGUUUAUACCA